ACAGUUUCCCAGGAAUGAAAUGGAAUUUCUUUCUAAAGAAGAGUUAAGAAGAAAGAUGGUAGGAAAGAGUUUAGCUCUCAUUAAGCAAAGUUUCCAUGAAUUGCCUGCAGCUUUGUUUGAAUUGACUGAGUUGGAGGAACUUGACCUGUCAGAGAAUAAACUUACAACAAUACCUGAAAGUAUCGGAAAACUAAAGAAUCUUACGAAACUUGAUGUGAGUCUAAACGAGCUGUCCAUAUUCCCUACAAGUUUGACUCAACUAAAAGAACUCAGAGUGCUGAACAUCAUAGAUCACAAUCUAACCACCAUCCCUGAUGCUAUUGGGGAGAUGGUGGAGCUGAAGGGACUGGGGCUGAGUUACAACCAGUUGACUGUGUUGAGUCCAGCUAUAAAACAGCUGAAGAAACUCAAACUGCUGGACAUCUCACGUAACAAUCUAACCAGCAUCCCUGAUGCUAUUGGGGAGAUGGUGGAGCUGGAGGUUCUGUGGCUGAAUUACAACCAGUUGACUGUGUUGAGUCCAGCUAUAAAACAGCUGAAGAAACUAAUAUAUUUGGAUGUGAGAGGGAAUCCUUUUACAGUUGAAGGAUUGAGAAGUGUUAUGGAGCUAAACGAUAAAAUUCACAGAGUAGAUUCAGAUGUCCCAGGUGAGUAAAGGAAAUUCCUCUUCACAUUAAUGUUGUGACAUGUCCAUUAUUUACUAAAUUGGUUCUAAUGGUUGACUUGCAAGUGGUUAUGCUGCUUGUUACUGAUAAUUACAGGCAGCUGACAAUAGUUUCAUAGUGAAUCCUGAGUAGAAUAAUGAAGUAAAUGCUGUCACAGUUAUACUGUAUGAUCGAACAAAGGUUGCAUCACUUUAGAAAUACAUGACAUUUGUACUGGAAGUUUUAG